AUGAGUUCACUCCGAGCUUUUCACAUUGGCAGCGCCUCUAGGUCCACCGCUUCCCUAUCUGCCUUGGGCGCGUCACACGCCACAAGCCCAAGCACUGCUGAGCCGCUCAAACGCUCUUCGACGUUAUUCAGCAUUCCUACUUCGCAGGACCUAGCUGCGCCAGUCAAAGAGGAAAAGUUCAAUGAUGGCACGCGACCUAUCGUAGCCUAUCAUUUGCUGGCAACAUUCAUCUUGGUGUACGCCAUCAUUGUUGUCGGAGGAUUGACACGCUUGACGGAGAGUGGGCUAAGCAUCACAGAGUGGAACCCUGGCACGAAAGGUAUGAAGUGGCCUGCCAACCAGCAAGAAUGGCAAGUGGAAUGGGACAAGUACAGAGAGACUCCGGAGUGGGCCUUGUGAGUGAGGCUCCUUGCUUUUCUUGCCCGUGCCUUUCUUUUCGGGCGAGAAAAGCGCACUGACACUAAGGCGCAUAUGUGCAGGCUCAACAAGCACAUGACCCUGGAGGACUUCAAAUCCAUUUACAUGUGGGAAUGGGGCCACCGCAUGCUGGGUCGCUUCAUCGGAGUAUUUUUCUUGGUCCCGGCCAUUGCGUUCAGUGUCAGCGGACUGGCGGGUCGACGGACGCGCCUCAAAUUGCUGGCCAUCGCCAGCGGCAUAGGUUUCCAAGGGGCUCUCGGCUGGUACAUGGUCAAAUCCGGUCUCGCGGCACCUGAAAAGAAGCUUGUCGCUCCCAUCGCUGCUCAUCCAAACAGCACCGCUCCUGGUAGCAACACGGGCGCCCAACCUCGUCUGGACCCUAAUCUGCAGACUGCUGAGUGGACACCACGAGUGUCUCACUUCAGAUUAGCAGCACAUCUGGGCACCGCCUUCCUGGUCGGGUUGGGCUGUCUGCAUACUGCAGCAGUCAUCUUGCGACCUAGAUUCUUUUCGAAAUUGACCUAUGUCGCUCAAAGCGCAAAGGCGCUAUCGUCCAGCUCUGUCAGGCGCUAUGCCAGUCAGACGAAAGCAGUCACCACGUUCGUCUUUGUGACCGCAAUGACUGGAGCCUUGGUUGCUGGGCUGGACGCUGGACUGGUGUACAACGAGUGGCCGACGAUGGGCGACGGCAGACUAGCUCCACCACUUGCAGAGCUUCUCGACCGACGCUACACUCUUUCUGGUGGCCAGUCGGAACAGGAUGAUAGCGGUUGGCGAGCCGUUGUUGGCAAUUUUACAUCCAAUCCCGUUUCGGUGCAGCUGAUGCAUCGAACGCUUGCCACCACUUCUCUCGUGUUGGUUCUGGCUCUAGGAUGGAGAGGCCUGCGCCUCUACAGAGCUUCAAGAGCGGCCGGGUAUCCAUUGCCAAAGUCGGUGCCUCGCUUAGCUCUGCUGAGCGCAGGCGUCGUCUCCAUGCAAGCAUCGCUGGGAAUCUUCACCCUGCUCUACCUGGUUCCGCUGGAGCUGGCUAGCGCCCAUCAAGCUGGUAGCGUAGCGCUGCUUAGCUCCCUCGUAGCCCUCACCGCUGCUCUUCGCAAAGCUCCCAAUUCUUUGUGGAGCAGCGCCAUCACUCGGGGGCCAGUCAAGAGCGAAGCGCAAAAGAGGGCAGAUCAAGUCGCCGCCAACGCUUUGCGCAAAGUCCUUAGGGAGACCAGCGCUGCGACUCCUGCAUCGCGCGUGCGGUUGUCAUAG